GCAGGCGCAGAAAUACUACUCCCCGACGACCCGGAGGCCACGCGGCCACCGCGGUAGGAGAAACUACAUUUCCCAGAAGCUUUCGUACCGCGGCUGCAGAGCCUAUUCGCUUUGGAAUAGCCAGCGUGGGGACGUCGCGACCGGCGGCUGGACAUGGCUUUCUUGGUCGGAUCAGUAAGUCGCCAGUUGGGUCGUGUCAGGUGGCUGCAGCCCCGCGCCUGGCUGGGGCUCCCCGAUGCCUGGGGACUUCUCGCCACACAGCAGAACCGAGGAAAGGCGCGUGGGAAUGAGUAUCAGCCGAGCAACAUCAAACGCAAGCACAAACACGGCUGGAUCCGGCGCCUGAGCACACCGGCCGGCGUCCAGGUCAUCCUUCGCCGCAUGCACAAAGGCCGCAAGUCGCUGAGCCAUUGAGGAGCGCUGAACUGCCGGCAGGACCCCCAUUAGAGCAUUUCUCUGACCUGGGACCUCUCCUGCCAUUGUUUUUAUGGGGAGCCGGAACAACUCAACAUAAACCCUCCUCAAAUUGUGGAGUCGGCCCCCAGAGGAGGGAAGUCUGCGGUUGGACUGAGAGUGGGAGUAGGAAGUCAGACCUCGCCUAGUCCCUUUCUACGCUCUUGAAUUAGGAAGAAUUUUGAACAUAAAAUAGUCCACAGUGAACCCUGUGUACUCAGUACACAGCUUUAACCACCAAUUACCCACAACCCACCUGACCCCUCCUGUGUUAUUUGGGAGCAAAUCUCGGGCAUUAGGUUAUUUCUUAUUUCAGAAUGCAUCUCUCCAAGAAAAGGGCUCUUUAAAACCUAAUCACAGAACUUUUCACACCUAAAAAAUGGUUAACAAUUCCAUAAUAUUGUCUAAUAAAUGUCCAAAUUUA